AGUAGGAGAUUUUGACUUGCAGUGGGAAGUUCCCUUAUUGUUAGGAAAUUAAAAUUGCUAACUCGUUUUAUUUCUACAUUUCCUAUUGCUAUAUGAAGAACUGAAUCUAGUAGCGAAACAUCAGUCAGACCGUCACGGUUCCGAGUGUUCGGAUCACUGCAGGGUCGGCAGCAUGGCAGACAGUAACGACUUUGAACAUUUUGACUUGCAUCAACAAACUGCACAAAGAAAAUAUCAGGACAUGAAAAGAAACUGCGGAUCAGACAUGGAAGAAGAGAAGCCUAAACCUAUGAAGACUAAAGAUCGUAAUGUCUGUGGUAGCAAAUCCAUUGUUGUUCUCUACAUUCUGUUGGUGGCUACCUCGAUGGUGUGGAUGAUCCUGCUCUCCAAGGCAUUUGCAAAACAUUUGGAAAUCUCUGCUGAAAUCGAGAACCUGAGAAACUCGAGGACAAUUUUGAAAGGAAAUGAUUCUGCAAUAUUUGCCGAACUACAGGAGCUGCGGAAUACACUGAUCAGCCUGAAAGCAAGCGAUACUAAACGGCCUUCAGAUCUCCAGGCAAUACAAAAGGAUGUUUCUAGCCUCAAAACAGCAGUCACUGAAGAAAUACAAAACCUGAGAGUGGAGCAAACCCUCCUGAAGGAAAAAGAUUCUAAGAUUACGACAAAUGUUACAAACUUGGAAAAAUAUGUUUCUAAAGUGUGCAUCAUCAAGACCUGCCCUUGUGAAUGGACCUUGUUUAGUGGGAAAUGUUACUACUUUUCCAAUGAGAACAGAGACUGGAAGAAAGCAAGAGAAUUCUGUCAAUCCCAAGACUCGGACCUUACAGUGAUCAACAGUGAUGAAGAGCUGAACUAUUUAAAGGGCAAAGUUCGAGUGGUUCACUUGGUUGGAAUGAGCGAUUUGGAGACAGAAGGGGUCUGGAAGUGGUUGGAUGGGAGUUUAGUGGAUGGGAGAAUGUGGAAUCCUGGGGAACCAAACAAUCAAGGAAAAGAAGACUGUGGUGAGAUGAGCAACGGCAAGCUGAAUGACAUCCCUUGCAACCUAAAACAACGAUGGAUCUGUGAAAAAACACUUUAACAACAAACAUAUUCAGAAUACUUGAGUAUAAAAUAGUUUAACUACAAAUCUGAUGAAGCUCUAACCAACAGCUUGCAAUCUUAUAUAUACAUAUAUAUAUUGAACUGCUUUUAUAAAAACAGGAAUUAAAAAUAUGGAAAAAUAGCAUCAGGUGUUACAUCUAUGAUCUAAAAUUGGAAAAUGAUUCAGUACCAUCAGCCAAUCAGCUUCCAGCUCUAGCGGGCUUCUAAUAGAUAGUAGAUGCCUGUUGGAACGUUGCAGCACCAACUAUGAAUCAAACUUCAAAUCAAUCUGCGCAAGUGCCAGAUUUUUCAUUCUGACAUGCUGAUGAAAGCAGCCAGUCCUGUAACGCAGCUUGUCAGCUCCAUUCAGAUAUCUGGCACAGUCCAGAUGAACUAUAAGCAGCUCUGACAAGUAAAACAUAAUUUGUGAAUAACACUUUUUUUUAUUAUUAUUAUGCAUGUGAUCCUUUAUGCAAAGUUUGCGUGAUUAUUUUGCUAUAUAUUUGCUUAACGGAAGGGCACCCAACGAAUCACUACAAGUUCAAGUGUUUUAAAGUGUUUUUUUUUUAGGGCUCCCGAGUGACGCAUCCAGUAAAAGCACUCGCUAGAGCAAGAUGCGCUCUAUAGCCUGGACGUCUCCGGUUCGAGUCCAGGCUAUUCCACAGCCGACCGUGGACGGGAGCUCCCAGGGGGUGGUGCUCAAUUGGCCGAGCGUCGUCCGAGGGGAGGGAGGGUUAGGUCGGCCAGGAUGUCCUCGGCUCACCGCGCACCAGCGACCCCUGUAGUCUGGCCGGGUGCCUGCGGGCUUGCCUGUAAGCUGCCCAGAGCUGCGUUGUCUUCCGACGCUGUAGCUCUGAGGCGGCUGCACGGCGAGUCUGCAGAGUGUAAAGAAGCGGGCGGCUGACGGCACACAUUUCAGAGGACAGUGUGUGUUCAUCUUCGCCCCUCCCGAGUCUGCGCAGGGGUGGUAGUGGUGAGCUGAGCCUAAAAAUAAUUGAGCAUUUCAAAUUGGGGAGAAAACAAUAAAAAAAAUAAUAAUAAAAAACUAAUUGGCAACGACGAAAUAAAAAAAAAAAAAAAAGUUUUUUUUAAAGAAAAUGAUGAAAAAUAUGUUUUCUAAUAUCGAUAGUGCCCUCUCGAUGAAGGCUCUACCGUGUGAUAGUUGACCUUGACUUUCGUUAGCGCCCUCGCCUUCAGUUCGUGACGCAUAACUCCAGAACCGAUCAGUACUACAUGGUAGAGCCUUCAUCGACAGUAUCACUUAUAAUGAAUUGAUUUGUCAACAAGACAGUAGUAGAUUGCUAAAAACACUUCAGAUUUCCAGCACCUCUCUGUGUGAAUGUGUGUCACGAUGUCUACUCCUGGAGCAAAUCCUAGGCAUGGAGAUACUUGACACACUGUUUCAUAUACUUGAUACACUGGUUCAUGUACUUGAUACAGUGUUUCAUAUACUUGAUACACUGUUUCAUAUACUUGAUACACUGUUUCACAUACUUGCCACAUACACUGCCUGGCCAUUUUAUUAGGACUUUACCCCUUUGGCAUCGCCCUGACAAUGGCUACAGACAUGACAGAAACUUCAGGCAUCUUCUAUGGCCAGCACAAUAUAGCUGAGCAUGUUUGGGAUGAACUUGAAUGACACAUUCUCCAUCAUGAUCCUCUGCCCAACUCUGUACCAAUUGUGUGAAAUAUUAAUGACGGAAUGGAUUAACAUCCCACUAGACACCUUCCAGCACCUUGUGGCGUCUAUGCCAUGUCAUUUCAAGUGGGUAUAGGUCCUAAUAAAGUGGCCAGGCAGUGUACAUGCUUAUUGUUAUGUGUUUCUGCAUUUAGAAGAAGUUUCAUUUUGUAAAGUAUUGAACCAAACCUCACGAUUCAGCUUCAAUUUCAGAUUCAUGCAAAGCAUUUCCAAACACUGUUGUAAAGUCACACAGGUGUAAAUGUAAUGGAAGAACAGUCUUUAAUUUUUCUCCAAUCCACAAAAAAAGACAAAUACAUUUAAAUUUUCAUUUUUAGUGUUUACUAUAAACUGUUGGAAAAACUAUAGUUUACAAAAUUACCUGGGUUUUAGAUUGAGAUAGUAUUUGGGUUUUAGAGUUAGUUAAGUUAGUUGGGUUUAGUAUUGAUUAUUGGAGCAGGAAAGACAGAUGGUAAGGAGAAUGCUUUGAAGUGCACCAUACAGCAAUUUAAAGGGGACCCUGUGUUUUCUCAGAGGUAACAUUUUGGACCUAAAACCUUCAAAAGACUGACAAUCUCUUUCCUUUACUUAAUUUUAUGAUGUUAUAACUUUGUGAGUAAAACAAAGAAGCAUUGAUGUUACAUUCACUUCAGCUAAUAAAAGGAAGGUGGUCAAUGACCUGAUUGGUUGAUACAAAUAUGCAUCACUAUGUAAUUGUCUUUUUUGAUAGGUUAAGAAAAACGGGGUAAUGUCAUAAGGGAAGCCUAUAUUAAUUCAAACAUUGUAUUGUCUUGUUGACUCUAUUAUAACUUGUGCUUAAGGAAAAUAAAGUUCCCAGCUGCU